UUGGCCUCAGAUCAUGUAGGGUAGACUUACAUUUUGAUGUACAUUUUGAGAAACAGACAUGUAUGUCUCUGAACUGCACUAAGGAUGAAGUCUGUAAGAAAAUACAUGGAGCGUAUGGCUGUGCCUGUAGGAGCAAUAAGACACGCAACCCGAAAAAUUGUGACCCCAUUGAAACAUGUUUAGGAAGUACUGGAUCAGUGUCUGUCGAUUGCUAUUCUUUACCUUAAUGACCCAACCUGCAAAGGAACGCUCAAAAAUGGCAGGCUGGUGUUUAACUAUGGCAGUGCUUCCAAAACGUGCGGCACAACUUUGCAGAACAACGACACACAUUUCAUCUUUAAGAACAGCGUUGGGACGAUGGAUGGGAUCGGCAUGAUCAGUCGUGCUAAGGGGCUAAAUCUCACAUUUUUCUGUACGUAUCCAGUCAUCCACUUCAUCUCUAUGCCCAUACGCAUUCAAGCCACAAAAAGUGUCAUCACCAAAGAUCUGUCCACUGAGGGCUCAUACCAGAUCAGCAUGACCCCUUUUACUGAUGCUACAUUCCUGAAUACAUUCUCUGGAAAUGUGACCCUAGAAGAUCAGAUGUACAUAGCUGUGGAAGUGACUCCGUUUGACAGCAGUCAGGUCGCUCUCGUGCUGAACAACUGCUGGGCCACUCCCGUCAACCAGAGUGACUCUUCCACCUGCUGGGAUCUGAUCAUUAACGAGUGUCCAAGCCCCUAUGAUGGCACAGUGAAGGUGUUUCAGAACGGCAACUCCACAGUCAGCCAAUUCUCAUUCAGGAUGUUCACAUUCACCGGCUUCUCCAACAAGAUCUACCUGCACUUCAAGGUCUAUCUCUGUCUGAAGUAGUCAGAAAACUGUGCAUUGCCAUGCCCUCAUGACAGAAGACGCAGAUCUGUGGAUUUCUAUGAAACGGCUGACAUUUCCAUGGAAGUCUGAUUUGUUUUCUUGACACUUUAAUUUUUUUUCGUUUCUUUCUGCUCUAUGAAUAAUAAUUAUUAAGCAGAGUAUUUACAAUAAAUGAUGACAAACUGUUCCUAUACA